UCACUAAGCACCAUGAAAACCUUUGUGAUUGUAUUGGCUCUGGUCGCAAGCGCGUUGUCUGGCAACGUGCGGCAGAAGCGCGGCUACCUCAGCGGCCUGCACUCCGCCAACGGGCUCUACAGUAGUUCCAGCGGCUACAGCUACCCCGCUCCCCCCUCCAGCUACUCGGCCCCAGUUGGCUUGGCUUCCUCUGUAAGCUUCGCCCCAGCUGUCAGCCACAUUGCUCCAGUAUCCAGCUACAUUGCCCCUUCGGUCGGAUAUUCCUCACACUCAGUAGGCUACGCUUCCCCCGCAGUAAGCUAUGCCGCCCCGUCCGUGAGCUACUCCCCAUCAUUGAGCUACGCCGCUCCCUCUUUCGGCUACUCUGCCCCUGCUAGAUACGCAUCAUCUUCUUUGGGCUAUGCUCCAUCUAUCGGCUAUGCCGCACCUUCAUUGGGCUACUCCUCCUCCUCCUUCGGUUACGCCACCCCUCUGAGCUACGCUUCCCCGUCAGUCAGUUACUCCGCACCUCUGUCCAGUUAUGCUGCUCCAUCAGUCGGCUAUGCCUCAUCUGCUAGCUACGCUCCAUCAGUAAGCUACGCACCGUCAGUAGGAUACGCUCCAUCAAUCAGCUACGGCGCCCCCUCAGUCAGCUACGCCGCCCCCGCAGUCAGUUACGCCGCUCCAGUAGCCAGCUACUCCGCCCCGGCUUCCCGCGUCGUCACCGUCAACAAAGUCGUCAACGUGAAGAAGGUCGUCAGCGUGCCCCAGGUCGUGAAUGUACCUAAAGUGGUGUCAGUCCCUCAAGUGGUGCAAGUGAACAAGGUGGUGCCGGUCUCGGGCGGCUGCUCCGGCUGCAGAGCCGCGCACUACGGCGCCAGCUACGGCAACACCUACGCUCCCAGCUACAGCAAAUGGUAGACACAACCUGUGAA